ACCUGCACAUCCCUCCUGUGGCUCUGCCUAGAGGACCGAUGCUGUGUCCAUCAGACUGCACUAAGUGACACAGGCUCAGAAAUGCCUCCCAGGGGAAGAGGCCCCCGAGCCCUGACGCUGCUGGAAGGGUUUUAUGUUGGAGUGGGCCCAAACUAGGCCCCUCCGUUCCCACGUUGAGCCAGGCUUCUUGGCUCGGAUUGAAAGGGCUGGACACAAACAGGCUUUAAGACCUGGGUUUCAGUUGCUCGCCACGUAACAUCCAUUUAGGAAAUGUGCCAGGGAGGAACAGUUAAGUGCUGAGAACUGAGAGGCUGUGCUGGGCUUUUAACCCGCUGAUGUGUGUUUUGGAAGGACGUGUGUAGGAGAGGAUGGAUGAUGAUCCUGGUGAAACCCCGUUGAAGGGAUCAGCAAGAGGAGGCACUGAAAAUGGUGCAGAUCCGCCAGGAGCUCUGCAGGAAGAAGAAGCGUCUCAGGAGACAGAGUCACCGAAGCAGGUCACAGAAACCUCCCUUGAGAGGACGCAAGGUGACCCGGGGCCUACGGACGUGGUGCAGGCAGACUCUGCUGCUCCCGAGGCACCGCCUGAAGAAAGCGAGCUGCACACCACGGUUUCACAUGAUGCCGUAGCUGACAUCCUGGAGACGCCAUCCAACGAACAAGAAGAAGCCACAGAAAUACUGGAGGAUGCGGAUCAAGGUGAACAGCUUCCCCCAGCAGAGGCUCAGCCUGAGAGCAUGGCUCCCACUGUGCUGUCGAGCCCUGUCAGCAAGGAGCAGGUGUGUGAUGCUGCUGAGCUCCCAUCCGAGGGGAGAGCAGAAGAACCUGCAGAAAUGACGGGGACAUCAGAGGGUAUGGGACCAGAUGAAGAGCUGACUCCUGCGGAGCCUCCACCAGGGAGCGAGAGGCUCACACCUCCACACCCCACCAGCAGCGAGCAGGAAAUGCAGCAGCUGGGUCAGGAAGCCCAAGAAAGUCACCAGAAAGGUCUGGGAGGUGAAGACCAGGGGAGCUCAGCGGAGCAGGAAUCCCGGAGCAGUGAAGGAGGUGCUGUCAUGGGCCAGGAGGAGGAGAGGGCCUCAGCGGUGUCCUCAGCCACUCCAGACUUGUUGUUUGAAGAGCAGAAGCAUGAGAAAACUCAUCCGCUUAGCUUGUCUUGGGCCUUUGGUUACAACAGCAAACUCCCUGUUUACAGCCUGCUCGAUGAGGAGAACAGGGUGAUCCUGUAUGCUUCCGCUCACACUGCUGUGAUCCACGAUGUUUUCAGGAAUAGGCAAUAUCACCUGCAGGGUCACUCAAAUUCUAUUUCUUGUCUGUGUGUGAGUGUAGACAAGCGGUGGAUUGUGACAGCCGACCAAGGACCUGAUAACCUGGUUAUUGUGUGGGAUGCUUUCUCUGGGAUUCCUGUGCACACUAUAUUCGGCCAUCCAGGAGAUGGGGUCAGUGCUGUUGCUAUUUCCCACGAUGCUAAGUAUUUGGCAACCAUCGGUGCAGGCAAAAUACAGAGAGUGUGCAUUUGGAAGUGGACUUCGCCUGAAGAGAAACCCCAGUGUAGCAUAGAGCUGGAGCCCAGAUUUGGGUACCAGAACUACAUUACUUUCAAUCCAAAAGAUCAUGGAGAGUUUGUCAGUAACAGUAAAACUCAAGUGAUAUUUUAUCUGUGGGACAGUGAUGGGUUGCGGUACAGUGCCCCGCUUCUAACCGACAGAACGUUCAACAAGGUGGUAGGACUCUUCAGUCAGUCCAUUUUCCACUUUAAGAACUUGCAAGCUCUGACGGGCACUUCAGGUGGGAAGCUGGUGGUGUGGGACGCAGUCUGCCCACCGUCCGGGCCUGCUGACUUGUCCGUCAAGCCAUAUAAUAUGAAGGCUAUUAAACUGAUGCACCUGCAGAAAGAUGCCCUCACUGUGCUUACAGUAUCUGACAGCUAUUUUGUAAUGUGUGAUGUCAAAGGUCACAUCAAAUUCUACGACGGCCAGCUGCAGCUUGUGAACUGGUACAGCCACUUCAACCUGGGGCCCAUCCACUCCAUUUCCUUUUCCAAAAGCCCUCCCAAUCCCGGUAGCUGCCGCUCAAACUACUCCAGUUCUUGCACCAUAGGUGGCCAGCCCUUUAUUGUCAGGAAUUUUAUCCUCUCCACGUUGGAUGCGACUGUGCUGCAUGUUACGCCAGAGGGAACCAAGCUGGAGAAAUUGUUGGAGGAGGCCAAGGAAGCUGUUAAUGCCAUCUCUUGCCAUCCUACCCAGCCGCUUCUUGCCAUAGGAAGUCACUGUGGGCUGCUGAAGGUGUGGGACUACCAGCAAACCCAGUACCUCAUUAGCAGAAUAUUUACUGGGGCCAGCAUCCAGUGUCUGUCCUAUGACCCAGAAGGUUCUUCCCUGGCGGCUGGUUUUACUGAUGGAAGCCUUCGCAUCCUUGAUAGUAUUUCUCUGGACGACGACUGUAAAGAGUUCAAGUACUCGAGAGGCUCGCUGACUCAUCUUUGCUUCUCCCAUGACUCCCAGUAUCUUGCAACUGCUGUGGAAUAUGAUCUGGGCAGCAGCAGCAAAGAUCAGCUGGUGAUCCUGCGAAGGGACCACAUCGAGCAGUGCGCCAUCCCCUUGUCUUUGGCCUGGUACCCGCCCUUCACGACAGAAUCCUUCAUCCUCACGACUAACAAUCAGUACAAAAUGAAGCUCUAUAAUGCAACGACCAAAAUGUGCAGAAAGACGCAUCUGGGACCAACCUAUGGUUCCCCUCUUGAGAAGAUACUGAUCCUUCCGGUAACAGAAAGUCAGGAUCCUCAGAAGCGAUACCUAGCCUAUAUUGCAAAAGAUAAGGUGGGUCUGCAGAUUUUGCCUGUGGAUGGUAACCCGCACAAGUCCUCAGCUUUCAUCUGCCACCCGGGAGGUGUCUCCAACCUUGCUAGUUCCUAUGAUGGAUGCUAUGUCUUUACAGCUGGGGGUAAUGACCUCACCGUGAUGAAGUGGGAAAUUAAUUUGAAUGCUUUGGAGGCUGCUGUUUCCCUGGGUGGUGAGGAUUUGAUCCCAUUCUACAACCUGCUGGAUGGUGGCAGAGAUGGCGAAUUCUUCAGGGAGCUGGAGGACUAUUUUUAUUAUGCGCAGCUGCGGAGCCAGGGCAUCGAUACAAUGGAGACCAGACAGGUGUCAACCCACAUUCCCUUGGAGGAAGUUCCUUUUGUAAUGCGAGCCAUGGGGUAUUAUCCAUCAGAGGAAAAGAUUGAAGAUAUAAUAAAUGAAGUAAAAUUCAGUGAGUACGUGGCUACUGGGAAGCAGGUUACCAAAAUCAAUUUGGGAGAUUUUAUCAAACUCUACAUAAAUCAUCGACCAGCAUUUGGCUUGUCAGUUAAAGAAAUACAAAGUGCCUUUCAAGUUCUUGGCUAUGAAAAUGAGAACGGAGAAAAAGUUAUUAAGAGAGGAGACUUGCUACAGCUGCUUCAGUGUAGAGGGGAGCACAUGACAGAGGAGGAACUGGCAGAGUGUCUUUCCACCCUGCUGGGCAUGAAUCCUGAGGGAGGAAGAUCUGAGCUAGGUACUUGUGACCCCACAGGUGCAGCAGGUUUGAUUGAAGAAGAAAUUCCAGAGGAAAUCACAGCAGAGAUAUUCACUGCUGACAUCCUUGGCUUACCUAUUCCUGAACCAGAAAAAAACAGACUAGAAAAAACAGAUGAACGCAUUAGCAGUGAAAGGUCUGGAAAGGUAUAAUUGCCACGGCGUUCGUAGUUUCCUUGUAUUUAUUUUUAAGAAAUAAAGAGAAUUUCAGGUGUA